GGUCAUUUUCCUCCAAUGAUGAAGUAAUGUGAAAGUUUACAAUCCUCUCAUUACUCAUAUCCAUUAGUAAUUUUUGCUUAUUGAAAUAGUCACAUAUAUUUAUAAAAUAUAAGCAAGGCGUACCCACGUUUGUUUUCUUGUCUCCAAAGAUCAUUUAAAUCCAAACUUCAAGUACAAUCAAAGAAUAAACUCACAACCACAUUAAUAUAUAUUUUCACAUGUUAUCAUUUCCCACAAAAAGUAAAUUAAUCUAAUUCAUACAAAUGAAGUUACCAAAUUUCUUUGUUGCUUUUCUCCUAUGCUUCGGAUCUCAAUUCCUCCUAUUUGGAAAUACAAAAGCUCAUACGGUGUCGUUUUACGUCCACAACAAAUGCUCGUUUCCCAUAUGGCCAGCAAUAGCACCCAACAAUGGGUUUCCAGUCCUAGCAAACGGUGGCUUCUACCUCCCAUCGGGCCUGGCCCAUCGAGUCAUUGCCCCAUGGAAAUGGACCGGUCGAUUAUGGGCCCGAACAGGUUGCAACUUCGCCACUAACUGGAGCCCAGCUUGUGAAACAGGAGACUGCGAUGGAAGACUCGAGUGUAAUGGGCUUAUAGGUACUCCACCAGUGACGUUGGUCCAAAUUUCGGUCCAAUCAGACCAAACAAAGCCCAAUUACUACGACGUGAGCUUAGUGGACGGGUACAAUCUUCCCGUGUCGGUUUCGGCCCGGCCCAUUUCGGCAAAAUGCACAAUUGGUGGGUGUGUGGAGAAUCUGAAUAGCUUGUGUCCAGAUGAGUUGAAGGUGUUAAACGACGUCGGAGAAGUUGUGGCAUGUAAGAGUGGUUGUUUGAGGUUUGAUUUGGAUUCGUUUUGUUGUCGAAAAGAGUACGGAAGCCCAAAUAAAUGUAAGCCCAAUGUGUAUUCGAAGAUUUUUAAGGAGGCAUGUCCUUCUUACUAUAGUUACGCUUACGAUUCGCCACCUCCCUUGGCCAGCUGUACUGCCAAGGAUUACGUGGUCACAUUUUGUCCAUCCACGUGGGGGGCCAGCAAUUCUUCUUCGGCCAUAAGUAGUGACGUGGCACGUUAAGAUGACAGUUUUUGUGUGUAGAUAAUAAAGAGGUAUCAUUAAUUAUCUUUGUAAUUUCAUAUUAAAUGUUGUUUUAAUAAGCUGUCUUGUUUGUUACACACUACUAGUGGCAUUUUAUGAUCUCGUGUUAUUAUAUUCAUAUAUGAAAAUUGGUUUAUGGA